GCGGAUCAGAGAAACGAAUAUGAGAUACAGCACGGUCUGUUAUGGAGAAUAGAUUACGAUUUGUAAUGAAGUCGGUAUUCGUGGUAUUUUUGAAUACUGAUGCGGUUCGUCGCGCGUGUUCAAAUCGUGGACGGUGAUAAAUUAACGGCGCAACGAAUUCUGAAGACGUCAAGCCGUGCGACUUAAUUAAUUUAUCGCAGUGAAUACGAGUUUUCUAUAGUAUAGCGAUAGCGUGUCAUUGACUCAAGACGAAGUGUCAAAAUCAGAUUUCGACUCGACAUCGACUCGGCCUCCUGCUCCUUCUCUCUGACAAAUCUCCGUCGCGAUACCACCGAGAGAUUCGUUUAUUUAUUAAGCAUCAGCCGAUCGUUCGGGCUCGGUCGAAGAUAGAGAGAGUGCGUUUGAAAAUUCAUCGUUACCGAAUAAAAGCUUUACCGAUACUGCACCGUGAUUUCCACGCAAAUGAGAUAGAGUGAUGCCGGUUCAUCAGAUCAAUGUUAAUCCGCCUGACCGGCAACCACCUCUGUCGCUUGAUCCUUCCAAUAACAAUAGCCCUGCUGGUGGCGAAGGCUUACCAGAAUGGACGCCAAGGGAAUCAACUUAUGCAACAGUAGUUACUAUCAUACCAGAUCAUUGUCACUCAUCGGUGAGCACAUUAUCUUCCAGCAAUCAUGAUAUCUGCAGAAUAUGCCAUUGCGAGGGUGAGGAGGGUGCUCCUCUCUUGGCACCCUGUUACUGCAGUGGUAGUUUACGUUACGUGCAUCAGGCUUGCCUCCAACAAUGGAUAAAAGCUUCGGACACGCGUGCUUGUGAAUUGUGUAAAUUCACAUUUAUUAUGCAUGCCAAGACGAAACCAUUUUGCGAGUGGGAGAAACUCGAAAUGUCUACCCUGGAAGUUCGUAAAUUAUGGGUAAUGGUCAUAUUUCAUACACUGGCCGCGCUCUGCGUGGCUUGGUCGUUGUACGUACUGGUCGAGAGAUCGAUGGAAGAAGUUCGACGCGGAUACGUGGACUGGUCUUUUUGGACUAAAUUAAUAGUCGUCGUAAUCGGUUCUACAGGAGGCUUAGUUUUUAUGUACAUGCAGGGCAAGAUAUACGUUACACUAUGCAGAAAGUGGCGAACAUUCAACAGAGUAAUAUUUAUUCAAAAUGCUCCCGAAAAAGUGGUGCUUCCUCCCUCACCUACCGAUUCUCUGAUAGAAGUAACAUUGCCACUAAGAGAUUCAACUUCCUCUAUGCCCGAGCUCAAUCCAUGUGCCUCGCAAAUGGUAAAACCAAAAAAUGGAUCUCACUUGAAACUUUAUGUGUUUGAUAAAUUGUCUUCGUCGGAGGACAAUAAUAACGACAACUCGUAAUAGGAGUACCGAACAGACGACUGCUAAUUGCAUAUUAAUGAUUAGCAAAGGAGGAGAGAGAGAAAAGGAAAACACGGUGUGUAAUAGCAGUGUACGCUGGUGUCUCGAAUAAAAUCGUAAUUCUAGACUGCAGUACGAUUUCGAGGAUCGAAGUUUCUAUUUCGAAACUGUCAAAUGUCCGCCCUUACGGAGCACCUUUAUCUGAAACCUAGUACUUCAGUGUUUACAUUGACAAUGAGAUAGUUGAAAGUGUUUAACCACCGGGCUUAAACAUUUUCUCCAACAAUUGUGUACAUAAUUAUUGUAUCUGUGAUGUUAUUAAAUAAACUUUACCAUAUUUAAA